AAAGUACUUUCCUUUGCGGAUGUUAAACUUGCGAAGACGUCUGGUUUCAGGAAACAAUGACGCAUAAAUGGGCAGGGUUUAUUCAACAGUGCUAUUAAGUUUCAGAAUAUUCACACACAAAGGUUCUUUUUAAAAGCAUAUAUUGUCGUCUCCUUAUUACAGAAUCGAAAAUAAUGAAGGGACUACUGAAUUUGAAGAUCUGGCUGACACUGGCUGUCAUCUUCGUUCUCGCAGAUAACGGACAUGGUAAGUUUAAAAUAAAUUGUAGGCUAUAUCACCUUUUUGCAUUAGCCACAUAUAGGAUACUAGAAUAUUUAACUAUUGAGAAAAGUAAGUAGGGAUAGUUAAGGAUUUUUAACAAUAACAUUAACGUUGAUUAAUUCAUGUUGAUACGUUUAACAGCGCGUCUGCUAUCAAUUUGAUGUCUUCUGGCACGCUUGACAAAAUAGCCUAUAGGUUACUGCCCAUUUUGUCUGAAUUGGUCUGUAUUUUCUGACAGGAGGACACAUUUUACUACCAGAAUAGAGUACGAGUAAGAAAAAGGUUGAGGCCCCACAAAAUAGAACAAUGCACAUGUUGUUCAUAACUUUAAUCUGCCAUUUGUAAAAUGGGUGGUUGCAUAAGUGAACAUGUAAUUUGAUCAUAGUAUUGACAUAGUCUAUUGUAGGCCAACAUCAUACUGUGAAGACAUUUUAAUGUCUUAUAAUAAUAAUGUAGGCUAAAUGUGUGAAUGCAGAGUAGCCACUGCAAGUUUGUGUGAAUAAGGUAUUUCUUUGUUUUCUGUUUAAAAAAUCAAUAUAAGUAGGCCUAUAUCCAUUCUAAAAAUGUUGUAUGGUCCUGCCCAACAAAGACUUAAGCUGUAGGCUACCUAUUUUGUUUGUUUGUUUUUUCAAAAGGGAAAAUGUACUCACAGAUUGCAAGAACAAAUUUACUAGCAAGAAAUGGGAAAGUGUCUCACAUUAGGAGUACUGAUCAGGUCCUCUCACAGUAGGAGUACUGAUCAGGUCCUCUCACAUUAGGAGUACUGAUCAGGUCCUCUCACAGUAGGAGUGCUGAUCAGGUCCUCUCUGUCCAUUAUGAUCUUAAAGUCAAAACUGAUCCCAAGUCAGCACGCCUACUCCGAGACGCUUGGUACAUACGGACCGAGAAUAGUUUAGAGUACAUGUUUUUGGAAAAUUGUCAAAAUUUACCCCCAAAACAAGUUGCUUUAUACUUUAACAUAAUUUUUGUUGGGCAGGAUGAAUGGUGGCAAGCACACUUGUUCAUAUCAAAACUCCCAGGCUCCUCUUAGGGAUGGGGGCUACCUUGACUUGUUCCUAAACCAUUCCAAGGGCCUUUACAGUCUUUUCAGGCCUAUUGAUUAUUCCCGGGCAUUAUAAAUCAGCAUCCAGAUACGGAUAACUGCCAAAAUAAAGCAAACCCCAACAUAAAGUGUCUUAAUAGGGUGUUGGGCCACCACGAGCCAGAACAGCUUCAAUGCACCUUAGCAUAGAUUCUACAAUUGUCUGGAACUCUAUUGGAGGGAUUUGACACCAUCUUUCUAUGAGAAAUUCCAUCAUUUGGUGUUUUGUUAAUGGUGGUGGAAAACGCUGCCUCAUGCGCCGCUCCAGAAUGUAUUAAUGUUCUGUAUUAUGUCAUGUUUUAUGUUUUGUGUGGACCCCAGGAAGAGUAGCUGCUGCUUUCGCAACAGCUAAUCGGGAUCCUAAUCAAAUACCAAAUACCAAUGUUUAAAAGCAUGUAUUUCAUAUUUCAUAUUCAAUAGGAAUAUUGUCGAUGAAGAUCCUCUGUCACAAAUUAGUUAUGUUUAUAUAUUGUCAUUCCUUUAUGAAACACAGGCGCUCCAGCAAAAGGCAGAUAUAUGUGGGUUAAGUGCAGGCCAGAAGCCAAGAAUGCCAACUGUGAGACACAGAGGGGUCCCUCGAUGGACUUGCCCGGGCCUCCUGACAGACUCCCUUCAUUUGCCGUAAAGGAAAUGUAAGUAUAUGUCAUCAUCACAGAUCAAUUUGUCAGGAGACCAAGGCUCUAUGGGUCAAUGCAUUUCAGAAUUGAACAGAAUGUGACAGAAUUGUUCAAACUUUAACUUCUUUGCGCCAUUGCUUUUGAUGAGCGAUGUCCCCAUAAAGGAUUGCAAUAACGAACAUUGACAAAUUGUGUCACAAACCCUGACUUUAGCAAUAACACUUCCGAUUUUUUUCAAGAAUCACUUCACAAUUUCCUGUAGGAAAUGUUAUUAAUGACAGAAUCAGCCCGGUAUGUGCGUACUGUGACUUGAAUGGCCUCUGAUAUUCGGUCUCAUUCCGAGAGCGAUGGUAGCAUACACAAAGUGAGCACUUUGUUGACUUAUUAUUAGUAUAAACUACACGCGGUGGGCCGACUCAAUGGUUCUAGAUUAUCCUGCUGAAAGAUCAGUGUUAAAACUACAAACUAUAUGGUUUAAGUGAUCUGAUUAUAGAUGUGUGAAGGAGCACCCAAGCAUUGAUUUCUGCACUCAUUAUAUUACGGCAGACAGAAGAGAACAAUAUGCACUCAGCUCUGUUAAACUCUCUGUUCAACGUUUUUACUAUUGAGGAAGCUAAACAUUUGCUAUCAUAUGGCCUAAGACACCACUAGUGGUCUAAAUCCUCAUCAAUACAUUGUAUCAGUUAGAAAAACACCAAGACGCAAAAGGGUUGAAUCUCACGAAACCCUCUUCACUAUACUGUUGUUUGCAGAAAAAGUUAUUAUUGUUAUAAAGUCCCUGUAGGCAUGAUGAAAUAUAAAAACCGGCCUUAUACGACAAUAAAGUACAUUGCCAAAAAGUCAGGAAUAUACUGUUUAAUUUUAGGUUUUGUGUAUUACACUUGCUAAAAGUACCAUGCAAACAGAAGCAUCAGUAUUUGAAUAAAACCUGUGUAGUAGUGUGGUUAUUAUAUUAGUAACAACACUGUAUUUUAUGCAAUUACAAAGCAUUUCCUAAAUAAUGACUAUGUAACAACAUAUGAAUCCAAUAUAGUGACUGUAGUAAUAACAGUGUUUCUUCACAGGUAUCAGAGCAAAGUUUUACAAAUGAUUAACCUAAUGUGUUUAUUUUCACAUUCACUUGAAGCUGCACUAUGUAGAAAUCGCUCUACCAUUUCCUGGUUGCUAAAAUUCUAAUAGUUCGCCUAAUUUCAGUUUAUGUGACAAAACAAGCAACUAUGUUGUAAAAUAUUGUAUUUUCAGCUGUUUGAAGCUGAUGUACAAAACCGAAAGUAAAAGACGCAAAAACUAAACUUAAGAACGGGAAGCCUAGAAAUAACGCACAUAGAACAGAUCUACCGCUUCUUAGACUUGCUUUCAAUGAAAAUGACAGAUCUAUAACACACAUUUCUAUGUACAUUUGGUCAGGUUGCCCAAAAAGUUACAUAUUGCAGCUUUAAGUUGAUAAAAUAAACAAUUGGACACUAUUUCAACAAUAUAUUCUCUGCCAAGAACUGUUAUAGAGUUAUCAUACACUCAGCCUUUCUUGUUAAACGCUUUGUGAAAUAUUGUUGAUUCAAUACAUAAUUCAACUUAAUACGAUCCAAGGCUCUCAGUCAAACAAAGCAGGGAGGAUGGGCGUGUUGAGACGCCCCGGCCUGCGCUGUUGUGAAAAAUCACAGGAAGAGCUCAGAGGAUGUAGACUGUAAUGGCUAAUGGUACUGUGCUUCUGUUUUUCUUCCAGAGUGCCGGAAGAGGCUGGCUCAGAGCCGGAGGAGCAGUCAGGCGAGGGUUCUGCCACUGGAAUCCUUUUCACUGAGCAGGGCUCUGGCGACCAGUUGGCCAGCGCAGAUGUGGAUGGGAAUGACUACCCUGGCUUCGUCUUCCCACCGAAAAUUACCAUGGAUCAGGCUCUGCCUCCUGCUCGGGAAUUGAAAGAGGAUCACCUGAUCCUGUAGCCUGCCAGAAUGCUAAAUAUUGAAAUUGUGAUGUCAAUCCGGUUGUGUAAAAUAGAUUUUGCAACCUCUCAUGAUUACAUGAGCACCUUAACAACGGAAUGCCCAUUUGAAUUAUUGUAUUUUCUGGUCAAAGCUAUCUGCAUCUUGUGAAAGUAGUACCAUGCUAUUUGACCCAGGUAUUGAUGCUUGGCUGUGUAAGAUUGUAUUUAGGUAACUGAAGUGUGGGCAAUGUCGGUGGCUAUAGCAUAAUUUGCACAGUUGAGUUAUUUUCCCAUGGAACCAAAGAGAUCAAAUUACUCGCUUUUUUGUGUGUUUUUGUUUUUAAUUAGAUUUAACCAGUAGCCUUUAUUUCUGAGCUCAGCAAAUUAUAUUUUUCUUAAGGUUUUAAAACGUGUGGUUUUCUUGGGGAUAUUGUGCUUUUAUUGUUUUCUUUUGCAAUGAUAUCUAUAAGAUAUAAUAUGAUAGUCUUUCCCUCUUGAAAUAUUGUCAAUACAUAAUACUUUAUUCCGAAUUUCCACGAUUGUCACAAUUUGAUAUUAUAUCAUUCCACACUCAUAUAUUUUUUGAAGAUUUAAAUAAACAUGUUUUGAUCAUCC